ACCAAUAUGUCAUAAACAACCCAUAAUUAAGAACCACGAGGAUUUUUCUUGUGUACGCUUUUAAGGUUAUGCCGCUUAAUUUUGAUGCAUAUAUACCUUUCUAUAAUUAAUGACAAGAAAUGGAUGAAACAUUGAGUACACCUCCUACAAUUAAAUUAAAUUUAUCAGGACAAAUCUAUUGUGUAGAGUUUUCUCCUUAUGAAUGGUCCCAACAACUGAUUUGUAUUGGUUUGAAAGAAGAAGUCAUAAUUGGUACAAUCAAAUUUCAGGAUGAAGAUGAUACUGUGGAAGAUAUAGCUUAUAAUUUAAUAAGAACAUUUCAUCAUGACACUAGACCAAAUGCUAUUGCAUGGAGUCCAGAAACAACCUUAAGUGUUGUUCCUAAAAUUCUUACAUUUUGUGUUGCUGGUACAGAUUUUAGAAUACGAAUGUAUAAUAGUAAUUUAAAUGAUGUUAAUAUAUAUGAGAUUUUAGAAGGCCAUAUAGAUUAUAUAAAUUCAAUUUCUUAUGAACCUGAGGGUGAAUUAUUAGCAUCAACAUCUGAUGAUCAUACUUGCAAGCUUUGGGCUGUUAAAGAAGAUCAAAAAUGUAUUUCAACAUUUCAUUUAACAUCACCUGGUAUGAGUGUAUGCUGGCAUAGUGAAGAAUCUGGAAAGUUGUUAGUUGCAGAAAAAAAUGGAUUGAUCCAUAUGUACAAUGUUAGAAAUCAACAAGCAAUUAUUUCACUUGAUGCAGGAGUACUUCCUUUAUCCUCUGCGGAUUGGGGUUCUAAUCCAUUAAAAGUUGUAUCUUUAGCGGCUGGAGAAUUACUUUUAUGGGAUGUAUCUAGACCAAGUCGACCAUUAGAAUCUGGGACACUUUAUAUAGAAGGUGGUUUGUUAAUAAAAUUCUCUCCUACUUAUGAACACAUUGUAGCAAGUAUUGGCAGACCUGAUAAUUUAUUAAAAAUACAUUUACAAUAUACAUACUUCAAAAUCCGAUUUCUAUUUUCCCUUUUAUCUGCUAAGUAUAGUUUAUGCUAGUUAUAAAGUAGUUUUUAUCUAUAUCUCAUUAGAUCUAAUUGAGAAUUUAGUUAUAAAGUUUUCAUUAGAAAACCAAUUAACUCAUUAGCUUUGCUAAAUCCUAAAAUCCUAAGAAACUUGGUUCAGGUAUACAUUCGUUAAUAAAUCGUUUAUUUUCACUUUUAAUGUCAUCAAGUUUUUUUAACAAAA